AUGGGUUUUGUUCUGUCGGACGAAUUGAUGGGAGCUUUCGCACCGAUUCUGGUGUAUUGGGUUUAUUCUGGGAUCUAUGUGGCGCUCUCGUCGCUGGAGAGCUACAGAUUACACUCGAAGGUGGAGGAAGACGAGAAGAAUCUUGUGUCCAAGUCCAGCGUCGUUAAAGGAGUUCUUCUCCAGCAGCUUAUUCAAGCCGUCGUCGCGAUCCUUCUCUUCACGGUGACAGGAAGUGAUGCCGAAUCCAGCAAGACACAAAAGAGUUCUCUUCUGGUUCUAGCUAGCCAGUGUGUAACAGCCAUGAUAGUCCUCGACACAUGGCAAUACUUCAUGCAUCGCUAUAUGCAUCACAAUAAGUUCCUAUACAAACACAUCCACUCUCAGCACCACAGGCUUGUUGUUCCAUAUGCCUACGGAGCUCUAUACAACCAUCCCGUGGAAGGACUUAUCCUCGACACGAUCGGUGGUGCCUUGUCUUUCCUCGUCUCGGGUAUGUCUCCAAGAACUUCAAUCUUCUUCUUCUCCUUCGCAACCAUCAAGACCGUCGAUGACCAUUGCGGACUCUGCCUCCCCGGAAAUCUCUUCCACGUCUUGUUCAACAACAACACUGCGUAUCAUGAUGUGCAUCACCAGCUCUAUGGUAACAAGUUCAACUUCUCUCAGCCUUUCUUUGUCGUGUGGGAUCGUCUUCUCGGUACUUACAUGCCUUACUCGCUUGAGAAACGGAAAGAUGGCGGAUUUGAAGCUCGUCCAACUAAACAAGUUAAAGACUGA